AUGAAUAUCUCCUCGGAAAAUUCUAAUAUAUCUACUGAUAAUAUCUCGCCUUCCGACGAGAGAAAGCAGAGUCCGCCGGCUUUUCUGGACCUCGCUGACUCCGCCGCAAGGUUGGGAAGUAAUAUGCCGGAUAUGUCUGCUCGUGUCGAACUCAAACGACUCGAGCACGAAAGGCAGCGUGCUCUUCAGCGCAAAAUGUUUGAAGAUCAAAUGCGUGUACUCGAGCAGCAACAGGCCCAGGAGCUGCUUAGCAUUCCCUACGAUCCCAACGCCCCCAACGGCACUGGUAUUCAGCACCUGGCGGUCUCGGCGCCCACCACCCCUCCUCGAGUGAAUGCCGUCCUCAAUGGCGAGUUUAUACCUGGCAUGCGCAAUAACCGUUCGCACCUUCCUGUCGAUGCCGACUCCUUGUCAAAAGCCGUCGGUGCUGCUGACAAGCGAAAGUCCGUUACCUACGCUCAAAACGUCAACCUCUCUCCUGACCCAAGCAACGGUACCUCGACUCAGGGCGGCGCGCGCCCUGCCGGUGCUAAAAGCAUGCCUGCUAGCCGCCGUACGUCUGCCAGCAGUCACGAUGAAGAGUUGGCAGGUCAUUUCCAGGGAUUGGCUAUCGCCGGAGACCAUUCCAAUAGAGCUUCUCCCGCACCGAAUCCUAUUUCGGCUUCCAUCUUGAAUCGGGGUUCGCGCUACGGGGAAGACGAGUCUCGCUAUGGUAGCAAUUUUAACGCUGGCAUGAUGUUGGACGAGCAGUUGGACCAGGAGAUGCAUAAUGCCAUGCGGAAUCUGCCCACUUCUGAUGAUGACAAGUAUAACCACUUCUCCAAGGUUUCUACGUCAUCGGCUGCGCUCGAUCUUGCGCAUAUAUCUCAAACGUCGCCACGGUCUUCGUUUAGUCGCGCCAUGGAAUCUCGGGAAAAACACUCGGAAUGGCCGCAGUUCCCCGGAUCUCGUGGAGAUGGACUCGCUUCUAGGAACGACAGACGAACAGUGACUAACCCGACUUUGUCUCUGUCCCCGGCCGCUAUUGAUGCCAAUGGGAAGCUCGCAGGGUCUGUCUCAGCGUCGGGCACGCCCCUGGUCCCCCAGCACCCUCAGGGACAUCCUCAUGUUCGACCUCCAUCGUCUAGGCGCGGUACACCACCAAUCAUACUGGAGAGUUUGAACGGUACCACCCGAUCUGUGCCAGCAACGCCACUUGGCAUUUCGAACAACCCUCAGCAUCUGUUGAAGACACCAUCCACCCCCCUUACCGACACCCUGGGUUCUCGUAUGGGUUCGCACCAGCUUGGCGACAGUAACGUAAACUCGGGUGACCUUCAACCGUCGCUGACGCGGCUCACACCCACGGCCCAGUAUGAGACCGGCCCCUUGUCAUUCAAUUCAUCACAAGGGAGUCUCGAAGAAUCCAUGCAGCAGUAUGGUGUGGACUCCGUGUAUGGGCUUAAUGGCGGGAUGGACAACGGCCGGUAUGAUUCUUACGGGUUCGAGGGUAGCCGUACCCCCAAUGGCGGAAGCGCCAAUGGCUCUGGUGCCUUGUACUCUGGAUCCCGUUAUGGAUUAGUCGCCGGUCGGGCUAGCAAUGGUGUGGCUGAUGGCAAGAUGAAUGGUUUGCACGGCCCCAAGCACAAGCGGGGUGACAUUGACCGGGAAUUCAACCGUUUUGCUGGUACACGUCUAGAGGAUCUUCAGGGUGAAAUUCCUGCUCUAUGCAAAGACCAGCAUGGUUGCCGAUACCUUCAGAAGAAGCUGGAGGAGGGUGUUCCAGAACACCGAGACAUGAUAUUCCGUGAAACGUUCGGUCAUUUUGCGGAUCUCAUGACAGACCCUUUCGGGAACUACCUGUGUCAGAAGCUCCUUGAGUUUUCCACCGAUGAGCAGCGCAAUGUGAUAUGCGAAUCUGUCGCACAGGAUCUUGUCAACAUCUCAUUAAACAUGCAUGGGACGCGUGCGGUUCAGAAGAUGAUCGACUUUUUGUCAACAAGACGUCAGAUCCAUUCCAUUAUUGUCGCUCUCAGUCUUCAUGUUGUUGUCCUCAUCAAGGACUUGAACGGCAAUCAUGUUAUCCAGAAGUGUCUCAACAAGUUGGCUCCCGAAGACAACCAGUUUAUUUACAAUGCCGUUGCCGUCAACUGCGUGGAAGUUGCGACGCAUCGUCACGGAUGUUGUGUUCUUCAGCGGUGUAUUGAUCACGCAUCGGACAACCAGCGCAUUCAGCUCGUCAACGAGAUUACCUACAAUGCUCUCACUCUGGUUCAAGAUCCAUAUGGUAACUAUGUCGUUCAGUACAUCCUUGAUUUGAACGACAAUCGCUUCAGCGAUGCGGUUAUACGUCAGUUCGCCGGGAACGUCUGUGCGCUGUCGGUCCAGAAGUUUAGUUCCAACGUUAUCGAAAAGUGUGUUCGCGUUGCAGAACACAGCACCCGGAAAAUGCUCAUCGAAGAGCUUCUUAAUCGAACUCGUCUGGAGAAACUUCUUCGUGAUUCGUACGGUAACUAUUGUGUUCAAACGGCGCUGGAUUACGCCGAGCCCGCACAACGCGCACUGCUUGUAGAGGGAAUUCGGCCUGUCCUUCCUCUCAUCCGUAAUACGCCGUAUGGCAAACGUAUUCAGAACAAGCUGCAGCGCGAGCAAAUGGACCACUUUGGCGGGUAUCAUACCCAGCAGGCCCUCGUCAACAUGGCGCUCACCAACCAAGGUCUAGGCACAACCCCCACCGGCGGUCGUCACCUUCCUCAGGCUCAUCAUGCCAACACUUUGACAGACGUCUACGGACAAGGCAGCCUUUACGGCCUUCCUCAGCAGACGUCGUUCGGUCAGUCACAUCUCUCAUCCCAGCUCCAUAACCUUCAGCCCCAGUCCAUCGACGGCUACGUUUUGCAAGGAAACUCAGGUCAUAAUAGUCUGUCAGCGACCCAUGGAAGCGCCUAUUCUGGCUCGUUCAAUGGCGUCAACCAAUUUGGUGGAGCGGGCCUCACCGACCCCUACCAAAGAUCGGCCUUUGGCUAUGGGAUGUAAACUCGUUCGGCGGGAACGACAUCAACCUUAACAUACGACUCCUCGUUCAACGCCCGCGUCUGUUGGCACGAUACCUAAACCCUAAAAAUCUACCUUA